AUGUAUCUGCAGUUGCUUCCGCAGCCCUUGGGCCAAGGACAGGACCACCACAAUCAUUCCUUGACGAGCGGUGCAAUCAGCGCUAUCAAGAGCACAUCAUCCUCCCACACUGCCCCUCUGUCCACCCGUGCGCCAGAUAAGCUGAACCGUUGCACGAGUCCAUCUGCUGAUUCGAAUGGUCAAUGUGCAACAGACAAAUUCGCGACCGGUCUGGUUCAGAACAAGGAAUGGGCGGCCAAAUACCCCGAGCUCUUCCCGUCCCUCGCCUUCGGCCAGCAGCCUGAGAUUCUGUGGAUCGGCUGCUCCGACUCGCGCUGCCCCGAGACGGCCAUCCUGGGGCUCAAGCCGGGCGAUGUGUUUGUGCACCGCAACAUCGCCAACAUCAUCCACUACAGCGACCUCAACGCGGCGUGCGUGAUCGAGUAUGCAGUCUCCCAUCUCAAGGUCAAGCACAUCGUGCUGUGCGGACACACCGCCUGCGGAGGCGUCAGCGCAGCGCUGGGCAACAAGAAACUGGGCAUCCUCGACGCGUGGCUGAUGCCGCUCCGGCGCCUGCGUCAGCAGCACCUGGGCCUGCUGCAGGGCCUGGAGCAUCAGGAGGCGAUCGUCAAGCUGUCCGAGUUGAACAUUCUGGAAGGCGUGGCGCGGCUGAAGGAGAACAGUGUCGUUUUGAACGCGAUCGAGGAGCGUGGCCUGCAGGUGCACGGCCUCAUUUAUGACGUUGCCAGUGGUCUGUUGAGGGAGUUGGAGGGGGGUGAGUCGCACGAGGUGAUCAAGGCUCGACUGACGGCGUUCAAGACGCAGGACUAG